AUGGACGCAUACGGCGGGAGUGAUGAAGACAGUGCGGAGCUGAGAAAGCUUCUUGCUGAGGUGGCCGAGGAUCCAGAUAGUUUCGAGACCUGGGAGAAACUCGUCCGGGCCACUGAGUCGCUAGAGGGCGGCAUCAACCGGAACUCGAGUUCACAGGCCAUCACAACCCUCCGGAGUGUCUACGAUCGAUUCCUCGGCAGAUUUCCCUUGUUCUUUGGCUACUGGAAAAAAUAUGCGGACCUCGAGUUCUCCAUUGCUGGCACUGAGGCUGCUGAAAUGGUCUACGAAAGAGGCGUCGCCAGUGUCACAAACUCGGUUGACCUGUGGACAAAUUAUUGUUCAUUCAAAACUGAGACGAGCCACGAUGCCGACAUCAUCCGAGAACUCUUUGAACGAGGCGCGACUUCUGUUGGCUUAGACUUUCUUUCUCAUCCUUUCUGGGAUAAAUAUCUCGAGUUUGAAGAACGCCUCGAGUCUUUGGACCGAAUUUUUGCCAUUUUGGGAAGAAUUAUCUACAUCCCUAUGCAUCAAUAUGCCCGAUACUUCGAAAAAUACAGACAGAUGGCUUCAUCAAGGCCUAUUGCCGCUACUGCUCCUCCUAGUCAUCUCACUCAGCUACAACUCGAUCUUGAAAAUGAAGGUGCUGGCUACAAGGCUGGCCGGAGCCAAGCUGAAGUGGAACGAGAGCUAAGAGCUCGAAUUGACAAUUACCAUCUCGAAAUCUUCCGACGCACCCAGACAGAAACAAACAAACGUUGGACUUACGAGUCCGAGAUCAAGCGUCCUUACUUCCACGUCACAGAUCUGGACGAGGCUCAAGUUAGUAACUGGCGCAAGUACCUUGAUCUGGAAGAAUCUGAGGGCGACUACAUCCGUACACAUUUUCUCUAUGAACGAUGCUUAGUAACCUGUGCACUUCACGAGGAGUUCUGGCUGAGAUACGCUAGAUGGAUGUUGGCACAGCCAGGGAAGGAGGAAGAGGUUCGAAACAUCUACCAAAGAGCAUCUUGCCUUUAUGUGCCAAUUGCUCUGCCUCUCACAAGAUUGCAGUACGCAUAUUUUGAAGAAUCAUCUGGUCGCGUGGAUAUUGCAAAGGAUAUUCAUGAAGCAAUACUUUUCACCCUACCUGGCCAUGUGGAGACCAUCGUCUCAUUGGCGAAUCUCACUCGGCGACAUUCAGGGUUGGAAGCUGCUGUAGCCGUCUAUCAGUAUCAGAUCGAGCAGCCCAACAUUGAUGUCUCUGCAAAAGCAGCACUGGUUUCCGAAUGGGCACGAAUCCUUUGGAAGGUCAAGGGCUCACCAGCAGAAGCUCGCCAAGUCUUCCAGAAACAUCAGCAUUGGUAUUCCGAGAGUCCGGUUUUCUGGAGCAAUUAUUUGAGAUUCGAAAUUGACCAGCCUGUGUCUCACGAAGCCGAACAAAGCCAUCACGGGGAGAUCAAAAAGGUGGUCGAUGAAAUCCUCGCCCACAGCAAGCUGCCAGAAGCCACUCUGCAGGAGCUUGUAUCAAUGUACAUGAAGUACCUACUGGAAAGAGGCACCAAGGAAGCCACCAAGGAGUACAUGAAUCUUGACCGAGAAAUCAACGGACCCGCUUCAGUACAAAAGUCUCUGAAAGCAAAUCACGACGCUAUCAAGGUCGAAUCCAUUAACGGACAGCCACCCCCGAUUCACUACGCAUAA